GCUGAGGUCUGCUCAAACUGUCUCCGGGAGGCCUCUGGCCCCUGGGGCAUGGCGGGGCGGCCCAGGGAAGGAGAAGAGGAAGUAGGAAAGGAUGUGAAACUUGGCCACAGCCAGGCAGGCACCACCCCUGCUGGGUGUCCCACAGCGGUCCCUGGGCCCCUGGGUGGAGGACAGGAGCAUCCAGCUGAACUGUCGCCCAGCUGAGGCAGUGGCAUCAUGGAGGCCCCGUGGGGCUGGCUGGUGGUCUGUGUGCUGGCCAUAUCCCUGGCCUCUACAGUGACCCAGGAUGUGUGCCGAGCACCGAAUGGGAGGAAUGGGGCUGCAGGACCACCCGGCCGAGACGGACGGCCAGGCCUCAAGGGGGAGCAAGGGGAGCCCGGGGCUCCUGGCAUGCGGACGGGCAUCCGAGGCCUUAAAGGAGACCAAGGGGACCCUGGGUCCCCGGGAAGCCCUGGCAACAUGGGCUUCCCUGGGCCCAGUGGCCCCCUGGGGCUCCCUGGCUUCCCAGGACCGAAAGGCAUCAAGGGCAACCCAGGAAACAUCAAGGACCAGCCACGGCCGGCCUUCUCAGCCAUAAGGCGGAACCCACCAAUGGGUGGCAAUGUGGUCAUCUUCGACACGGUCAUCACCAACCAGGAAGGCCCAUACCAGAACCACACGGGCCGGUUCCUCUGUGCUGUGCCCGGCUACUAUUACUUCACUUUCCAGGUGGUGUCCAAGUGGGACAUCUGCCUGUCCAUCGUGUCGUCUGGGAGGGGCCCGUUCCGGCGCUCCUUGGGCUUCUGUGACACCAACAGCAAGGGAAUUUUCCAGGUGGUGUCCGGGGGUAUGGUUCUCCAGCUACAGCAAGGGGACCAGGUCUGGAUUGAAAAAGACCCCGCCAAGGGCCGCAUUUACCAGGGUUCUGAGGCGGAUAGCGUCUUCAGCGGCUUCCUCAUCUUCCCGUCCAUCUGAGCCCGGGGAAGGACCCUCCCGCCCCUGGCCGCACAUGCUUCCUGCUGUGUGACUCUGGCCCACUCCCUCCACCUCUCUGGUUUCUAUGGUCUGCUCUGUAUGGGGGUGCUGUUGCUUUAGCUGUCUGAGGGAGAGGGCUGGCUCCCGGGGCCCCGAGAACUUGCUGCCCACUGCACAGUGUAAGAAGAUGGAUUUCUUAGAAUUCUUUCUAGAAUAAACACCUGAGUCCGUGUGUGCUGA